GUUCAUUUCGGGCAUUUGUUAUGGUUGGUUGUAUCGUUCGAGAGCAGCGCGCAUGUGAGCUCACUUCUACUCGGGAUAAGGAACCGUGCUAAGAGUCAACACGUUUUUUUUUGUCGGCGUGAGAAACGACCAGACACCGACAGAUUGUCAUUUUGGUAAAUUUAUUGCUGACUCGUUUUGUCUCAUAAUAUCAUGAGAAUUUUGUGAGUAAGAUUAAAGUGCUUCGAAUAGAUCAGUGAAAUUGAAGAAACCAAAUCUCAGAAAAUGCAUCUCUCACGUGGAUUAGCUUGCAGCCCGAAGAUGUCGUUGAUGUCGGUCCUGUUUUGCUUGUUGGCCCUUUCGUUCAAAUUGGGCGUGGAGUCCAAAAGCGUUGACCAGCAGGAACUGCCCAGCUGUGAUCACGUCCAUAGUUUCUUCUCGUCGAUCAACGUUACAAGCAAGCCGCCAUACACAAAUCAAGGCAAUGUUUGCGGCGGUUCCUGCUGUGAUAACCAAGUGGAAAGUCAACUGGAGGCGAAAGCGAUGAAAAAUUUCGAACGACUAGUCAAACACCACACCCGCCACCAGAGGGGCCACUGGGAGCAGACGGCCAACAUGUAUCGGGAUUACCUGUUGCAGCUCUCCCGUCAAUCUGAGAACAAAACGCUCAAUUUGUUCGCAACCGUGUACCAAAAGAUGUCCCCACUGUCGCGGGACCCGAUUCUGGAGCUGUACGGCACCGUCCGGAAUCACCUGACGUCGACGUCCUACGCCGACGAUCUGGAACUAGUCACCGACAAAUUCUUCCGGGAUCUGUUCCCGGUGGCGUAUCACCAUGCGGUGGUCCAUGCCGAUAAGGACGUCGAUUUCCAUAGCGAUUACAAAAAUUGUCUCACUCACACGUACGAUGAUCUGAAACCGUUCGGCAACAUUCCUCAGAUGCUUUCCAGUUCGUUGGUGGCCAGUGUCAGUGCUGCCAGUGUGCUGCUGCGGGUACUCAGAGAGGGAGCCGAAGUACUCCACAAGCUGGACGGCCUUGGAACGGAAAAUCUACAGCCGUCCUGCAAGGCUGCUCUACUCAAAAUGAACUACUGCGCUAGCUGUAAGGGACGCAAUCAUAACCACGCCAAGCCCUGUGCCGGAUUGUGCAAAAAUGUCAUGAGGGGUUGUCUGAUGCAGUACAUCGGUAUCCUAAACCAGGAUUGGUACACAUUCACCGAAGCCGUUCUACCGCUGAUUAAUACGGUUCGUUCGGCUGAUGGCAUCGAAGCCGAGGUCAAAGCACUGGAUGGAAAACUGUCUAAUGCCAUUAUGCACGCAAUGGAAAAUGGGCCCCAGCUAGAGCUGAAGGUCAAGAAAGCGUGCGGAAUGCCCUCGCUAAUACACACCGAUGCCCUGGCCGGAGCAUACGAAUCUACGGCACCGAACGCCUUGCUACAACACAACAAGUGGAUCCUGGCGCCCAACAACGAAAUGCUACAGUUCGAGAUGACCAUCGACAAAAAUAAGGAUCUGUUCAUGCAGCUGUCAUCGACGCUUUGCGAAGAUGAAGAGUACCACCACAGUAACGAGAACUGCUGGACCGGCACGUACUUUGGAGAUUAUACGCACGAUAGUGCACCGACGAUGUCGCAGAAGUACAACCCCGAAGUGCCAUACAGCAGCAGCAACGAGCAGUUCCCACGGGACAGUCGGUUACAGGUGUUGAUCGAUAAACUGAUCAAUUUGAAAAAUGUAGCCACCAAAGCGGUUUCCAACAACGCCUUCAAGAGUGAUACAGAUAAAAUGCUGUCCGAUAUGGCUGAAGGUUCUGGCGAUCACUACCGGGAAGACUACGACUCCAACGAAGACGACGAGUACAGCGAGAAUGGCUCUGGAUCUGGAGAAGGUCCUCGCCGAGUCGAUAUCAUUAACGUACCGACCAGCAACUUUACACCAACGGCUGGUAAGCCAAGUAAUUCCAACCGAAUCUCCGUGUCGAGUGCCCUGUUGAUGACAUGCUCGGUGAUCCUGCUGGCGGGGUUGGCCGGCUCCAGCAGGCACUAAUGCAGCACAUCCUCCUGGCCCUUCCAGGUUCCAAUGAGCCGCUCCUCAACCUCAGGAGGGCACGCUUUUUCGUACUCGUUGUCUUCUUUCGUCUCAUUAACUACUUCAUUCAGGAAAUCGCGCAGAGAAACUCACACGCACAUGUCCCCGUUGAUCGCUUGUACUCCGGUUCAGGACAACGCGUGCUCGUGUUCAUUAACGCGUCAAAGUCAAAUCGUAGGAUUGUAAAAUUAUAAGUAGUUAACUAGGAAUUAACAAAUCUACUCGUAUAGCAAUGAUGUAAAUCAAUUGUGCACGUGGAUGUGACCCCUUGUCGUCAGCCAGAGAGGGUCCAUGGUGGAAAUACGUCGAAUGCUCUGGAAUGGCAUUUGAUUGUAGCCCCGAAAUAUGAUUUCAGCCAGAACACAAAACCUAAACUAAUGUUUGCAGAAGAAAAGAAAGGAAAGCUCAAGCAAUAAGUUGAUACUCUUUGUUCUACUUAAAACAUUCGUGAAAACAAGUAUACCAAAACUACUUGCGUCCGGAAAAUUGUUGUUUUGUUUUCUUCCCUUUUGUGUAAAGAGUCAGAAACCAAUUGUGAAAGUGUACAAAUUUUACCAAGCAAAGAAAGCAAAGCCAACCAUUCUAAUCUCAUUUAGCCCCUACUUGAGCCAAGUUAUGUAUUUUACAAAAGAAAAAACACCUCCUUAUUAGAGUUACAAGCUAGUAUCGCAUUCAGAACAACCAAGUCGCCAUAUUUAAUUAAAUGAUAACAUACAAUACCCUUAGUUAGGUAACAAACGCAAUCAGAUAUCAGCCCCGACAAUACUACAGGAUGAACCAUUCGAUUUGUUUUCAGCUCAAUCGUCGACGUUUUUGUGAAUAUUUCAAAUGUUCGAACUACUUUUUCACUUUCAAUUCAAAUGUUUUUUUGAGAAAUACUCUGAAAAAAUUGCGCAUAGACUUGCACCAAGCACAAUAACGUAAUGUACCUCUGUAAAUGUAUGCUAACGUCCGCGAAAAUUCCGACGACUGAACUUUUUUCAUAUCAUUUGAUUCAUCAAAUAAAUAUAUUCUUUAAAAGCAUCGUACUGAGCAUUGUAAGCUGCAUAGUUUAACCAAUUACUUACUUUCUUUUUUCCCCUGGUAAAAUCCUAAAAAAAGAACGCAAUUUUCCUCUAAUCAACUAAAUACUAAAACAAAUAUGGUACUGUAGUUAGAAAACUUUUAAAUGAAAGCAUGUCUGCUUUGUUCAAUUUCAGUUUAAGAAGUAAAAAAACACUAUGCUAGUGGAUCCCAAUUGUAAAUAGUUUCCCGAUAAUAUUUGUGCUAAGCUGAACGCCGAGAGAUAAGGUGAUUCAAAGGAAAAAAAACUAAUUGCUAGUUAACACAAUUAUGUAAAAAAGAAAUGAAAAACGACCAUUUCGAAUGGAACGGCAAACGACCACUAUUUCGUGAGAGUAGGAAAGCAGUUUUCGAUUUAACCAAAAAUACGAAACCAUAAAACCGAAAAACUCCCAGUUGUCGACGUGUGCAAAGUAUUAAAAUUGUGCGCCUGGUGCUCUCAGUUUUUGCUGCCUAAUGUUUUUGAACGAAAAAAGAGAAUCAAUUCCGAAAUGGAUGGUUUUUAGGAAGGCAAAGCAGGUGUUUGGGAAUCUACUGUUUUGGUAAUGUUAUAACAAAGAAUAUAAGAAUAUAAAAGAAUAUAAGAAUAUAAAAUCGAAAAUCGGAAACAUUUCAAUAAGUUGACACAAUUCAACGUAACUCUAAAACAUUGAUGUACUACGUACUUUAGUUUAUUCGAAAACCUUCUUCAGGAUCUACUUCGCUGGCAGUCAAAUUUUGGUCCGUUUGUGAACCCAAGCCCAUUUGCUGACUUUUAAACCCACAACAAAACAUAAAUUUGCUUUUUAAAAUUUCGAAAUAUUAGUCUUUGCAGAAAGAACUGAUGCGUUCCAUGUUUACAAAGUAUACAAGUCAAACAAGUUUACGAAGAAGAUCCUCCAAUUUUGAAAUAUUAAAAUACACAGAGUAUAACUUCCUCGACAUUUUUCAAAUCGUGACAUAUUAAAUGAGUUGACCUAUGAACAAAUAUCCAAUAGUAUUCACUGAGACAAUACCAAACACUAGAGUUCCAAAAAUUUACAUCGUCAAAAUUAUCACAAAACCCGAGCAACACACAUGUUACAGUAGUCAUAGCAGCAUACAUAAUAUUAUGACCAGAUUGAGUUUUAACUAAGAUGCUGUAAUCAAAACCAUAUAAGGUGUGUUGCUAGGGAUGGUUAAAAUGAUCAUCAAAUUGACGAUCUGAAUCUACUAUGCCCUCUUAAAAAGCUCCCCUUCCGGAAAACACCCGUUUACCAAUACCAGCAAUACUCAACCAAGCCAUCAAUCAAUAUCGUGGUGGUAUUCAUACUUCAUCUAGGAAGAGGAAAGCAUUGUGAAUGCACACAUUACAGCAGCAGCAAUAUUAUUUCUCAAAGUCAAGUUACCAAUCAACAAAAACUCUAAAAGCAACAAAUCUCAAUAAUCGAUUCGAAAAAAAACUGGAUUUUCUUGAACCUAGAUGAACGAGACAGAAAAAUAAAACAAUAUUCUCAACCAAUUAUGAACGAUACUGAAUGGGGCUAUCUUCUGCCUAAUAGGUACAUAAUGAUCAGAAUAAAAUGAAGAGCACAUUGAAAAUGAUCUGACAGAGAACAGAAGGAAAAAAACGCGCAAAUCCGCAUUAUUGCCCCCAUUUGCGACCAUAAAUUUGAACGCAAAACGGCUUGAAUGAUAGAAACAAGCAACCAAACAGACUAUCGACGAGAACUAAGCGUGAAAAAAUGAUUGUGUUUGAACUAUCUGUGAUUGAGCUAAGGAAGAACAUGUAUAGGAAAGCGAAGCGAGAGAAAACAGUUACAGAACUGUAUGUAUGUAAUAAGGUAAGAGCUACGUGAAUCUGUAAGUGAAGAACCCCCACCCCCUAUCAACCCUUUUUCAAACAGGGGGUGAUUGGGUGUGGAACGAAAGUCGCCCCCCAAAGGCGAUCAAGAGAAAAGAACUAUACUAAUUUAUUGUUAUUGAAUUGUUGUUUAACGAUACGAUGCGGUGGAGAUGCAGUUUUCCAUCGCUCAUCGUCUUCAAAGCGAAAGAGUUUAAUCAUUUUCCUAUAGGUCAGCGUGGCAGCUGGUGCUUUCCUUCGGUCCCCCCGGUUGGCUUCCAGUGAUAAUUUUUUAGGUUUAGGUGUUGAUUUUUCCAAAAUUUCAGUCAAAAUUUUCCUUUCCGCAGAGAUGUCGCAGGCGUAGUAAGUAGAUAUGAUCGAAGGAAAGCAUCUGGUGUUGAGUCCCCUGAUUAUUUGUACUUUCUGUAACACACAAACCAUGCAUAACGAUCCGAUAGAUAACGUACAUAAAAACACGUGAACCGACGUGCAAAAGAAGCGUAGCAGUUCUUUGUUCUUGCAAGUUGAAUUGUUUUUUGCUCAUGCAAAUCAAAGAGACAUAAGGCAGCGUAAAGAACAAAUAUUAGUUGGAGAAUUGUAUUUAUAUAAUAAAUACAGCAGGAAAACAGGAAUAAUAUAUUUAAAAACAGAAAAUUAACUG